GUUUGUGUUUGCAAGAUUGAACAACUUUUCUACCCAGCAUCUGAGAGUAAAAAAUUCAAACGGCUUUGUGUAGAAAACAAAGGUUAUAUGUACAGUGGGGCUCCAAACGUUAACCGACUUUCAAGGAGUUGACGACUGCAAAAGGCAGCGAAGGGAACGGAUUAAUCCUAAUAUGUUUAGCAUUCUUAGUAACAAGAGAGUCAAUUGCUUGAUAGGUUUUGAAACUGCAUCCGGACUGGGACAUGUAGGAAAAUGAAAGCAUUCUGUCUUUUUUCAUUAAAAGAAAACCACUUAAUCUAAGCUUGCUGUCUUAACUACACUGAAUUGCCAAAGAUUAACUGACUUGUGCGUAAUACAUCUUUGCAGGUCAUUGCAAAUGUUGCUAUCUGUGGUUACUGGAGGGGGAGUUGAGUUGCCGAACUCUACAUCUGCAACCAAGUGUCUGAGGCAUCCUGAUGGGAGUUUCGUACAGGGCUUCCAGCUUUACCAGAACUAAGGUGUGUGCCUGACGGUUUACCCAGUGCAGCAUGAACCUAGGAAUCCCUUCAGAGAGAGAGCAACAACAAAGACGGAAAUUGAGAGAUGAGCCCUUGGAGAAGGAUGACAACAGCAGAAUAAAUAUGACCUCAAAGCAAAGGCUGAUUCAGCUCACUUAUCUGAUUACAGUUGUGGAAGUGGCCUGCAUGUUCAUGCAGUUUGGGAUUGUUCCAUAUCUGGCAACCAGCCUGGGUAUGGAUGCUGUUGAAUUUGGCUACUUGCAAACAGUCUUUGGUGUUCUUCAGCUUCUGGGAGGUCCCAUUUUUGGGAGGUUUGCUGACCAGUUUGGAGCCAAGACUGCCUUGGCCAUCUCAUACGUGGCUGGAUCUCUGUUCUUCUUGCUCCUGUCUGUAUCCACCAGUGUCCCUCUGCUCUUUCUGUCCAGGGUCCCCUCUGUCUUCAUGCAUGGACUACCAGGUGCUCAAAUGGUGAUAACAGAUUUGACCACCGCUGACGAACGUGCUGAUGCUUUAGGAAAGCUUGGACUAUGUUUUGGGGUAGGAAUGAUCGUUGGAGCUUCCUUGGGUGGCACCUUAACCUCAAAAUUUGGCGUCUACUUUCCUUGCUACGUUGCACUAACAGGAUGCCUCGUAUGUGCUUUGACAGUCCUCGUUUUUUUCCCUGCGCAGACAAAGCCGCAGUUGAAAGGAGAUGCUGCACGCCAGAGUGUGUCCCAGUCCACUAGUGUAUUUAGUCUCAAAGAAACUGUUCGCCUAAUGAAACUUCCAGGAGUAAUGGAUGUUUUUUUAAUCAAGGUACUUUCCGGAUUUCCUUCAGGUGUGUUCCUGAUCAUGUUUUCUAUCAUAUCCAUUGAUUUCUUUGGUCUGGAAGCAGCGGCGUCUGGGUACGUGAUGGCAUAUUGUGGAAUCCUUCAAAUGGUUGUCCAGGGCCUAGUAAUUGGGAGAUUGACAAGUCGUUAUUCAGAGUGGACUCUGCUCAUGUUGUGCGUCCUUGUCUUCUGCGGAGUGGGUGUUGGUAUGGCCCUGAUGACCAACAUUUUCCAUUAUUGCCUGAUUGUGCCCCCCAUGAUAUUCUCCUUCGGUACUAUAGCCGUCAUUUCGGACAUCAUCCUGACCAAGUCCGUCCCUGCUUCUGACACUGGUGCCAUGCUGGGAAUUAGUUCCUCAGUUCAACCAUUGACAAGGACAAUAGGCCCAACUAUAGGAGGAUUUUUGUACAGACGAUUUGGGGUCUCAUCCUUUGGUUAUUUACAGCUGCUGGUUAAUAUACCUCUGUUUUUCUACAUCUUGAGGAAGAGGAGCCCUCACAAUGAAGGGAAAGUACAGUAAUUAAGUCUUUAGAUGGUGUGCUGAUGAGAAGAUGUGCUAUAACUCUAUUUUAGGACUUUUAAUUGCCCUAUCUGACAGGAAAUAAACUAAUUUAAACCAGUUCCCUUAGUGCACUGCAAUGUACUGUAGAUAUGGUUGGGUAACUGUUGAUGUUGGAACUGUUAUCAAAGCCUAAAAGCUCUAUCAAAGCAUUCCGCACCUUUGAUUGCAAUCACACUGGGGAUCUCUGAAGGCUCUGCAGAUGGAAUGUUCUUUCUUUAGAUAGCAACAUGUAUUUCUACCAGAGCCUCAACAGAAUUUCUAUUGUAAAAAAGAGGCCUAGUUGGGAAUACACGGUGGGGAAAACAGAAAAAAGAAAACCAACCAUUUCAAGUUACACGUGUCGUGUCAAUUUUGUCUCUAAGAAUAGGAUCCAUGAAGCCCCUUGUCCACAUCUCAUCCCAGCCAGAAGCUCACUGCCAAAUCCUAGAAUUGUAGAGUUGGAAGGGACCCCCAAGAAUCAUCAGGGCCAGCCCCCUGUAAUGAAGGAAUCUCAACAUCCAAUUUGAAAUUAAACCAAACCCUACUUAGGUUUGCAACUGUGCUAGCAGUUUUAUUGUUGCACCCCUGUAGCUAAAUAAGCCAGCCACUCUCAGACUAAGCCCCACCCAUUGUAAUAUGAAGAGAAUACUGAGCUACUUUAUGAGAUUGUCUUUAAGGAUUAAAAAAUUGUGCAUUCAUGGCACUUUGAACACUCA